GGGUGAGAGGGAUAGAGAGAAGGAAAGAGACAUGGGAGGAUAGAGGGAGGGAGGAAGAGCGAUAGGAGACAGGCUGAGGGGAAAGCCGGAUAGAGAUAGAUGGAAACAGAGGCAGUGAGUGGUAGGGGUGAAUAGAGCAUGAGGGUGAGAACGAUUGAGAUAGAGUUAGAGGGGAGAGAAAAAUGUAAAAGAUAGAGACAAAGAAGUAGAGAGUGCCAGUGAAACAGAUAGAAAUAUAGGGUUAGGAGACAAGUGUGACUGCUGAAUAGAUAUAAAUAUAGAGAGAGAAAGAAGGAAUUAGGGAGGGAUAGAGAGAGAGAAAUAGGAGGCGGACUGAGAGAGAUAGACCAAUAGCAGGAAAAGGAGCAAUUGAGAGCGGGGGGGAGGGAAUGACAGAAAGGGUGGGAUCAAAAGAGGGGAAAGUAGCAAUAAAGGGUGGGAGUGAGUGAUUGAGGAAUAGGGAAGCUUAAAGGUUGGGGGAAUGGGGGCUUUGCUCAGUCUUCCCCUGGGCCUGGAGGAUGAGGAGGAACAGAAAGAUCUAAAGCUGAAUCACGGAACUGGAAUUAAAAUGGGAACAGCAGUCAGACCUGAAGCAAAGGCUAGAGCAGACCUCCAGCCUGGAGCCAGAGCUAGACGGGUACAUGGAACUGUGGCAAGAUCUGGACCGAGACUCAUAGCUGGACCUGGAGUAAGAGCCAGAUCAAGAUUUGAACUUGCGACAGUAUUCAGACCUGGACUGGGACCACGGGCAGGAUUCAGAGUGGGGGCAGCUCUGGGAGCAGGACUUGAAACUGGAUUGGGAGCUGGAUCCAGUGCAGGGAUCGGACUCAGUGCCAGAGCAAAUAGUGGACUUAUAGCAGGACAGGAAGCUGCCUUCAAAUGUGGCCUCCAAGCAGGAGGCGAACUUGGAACAGGAGUUAGAGGAGAAUCUGUGGUGUGUGCUGGACUCCAGGCAGGAGCUGGGCUCCAACUUACAACAGGAGGGGAACUUGGAGCCGGAUCUGUACUUGGAGUGGGAGCUGGAGUUGGUGCAGGUGCUGGACUUGGAGUGGGAGCUGGAGUUGGUGCAGGUGCUGGACUUGGAGUGGGAGCUGGAGUUGGCCUGGGACCAACAAUUGGAGCAAGAGCAGGCCGGAGGCAAGCCAGAGACCAGGAACGGAGACCAUACAGCAGGCGGGUGUUCAGGAAUCGCACAUCAUACCUGAACCUGAGUGAAGAGCAGUGUGUACAGAGACUGGGUUUCAGCAGGGACGCUGUGACUGAACUGUGUCAGUUAGUCCAAGAACAACUGCAACCUCGCACCAGAGCCUGGACUGCGCUGCCUGUGGCUGUCAAGGUGACUGUGGCUCUGAAUUUCUAUACCACGGGCUCAUUUCAGGCAGCAAGUGGCCUCAUCAAUGACAUCACACAGUACGCCAUCCACUGCUGCAUCAGGGAUGUAACUGAAGUGUUGUACUCAAAGAGGAACCAAUUCAUCAGCUUCUCCAUGGAGACAGAGAGCCAGGAAGAACGGGCCCGAGGGUUCUGUCAGAUAGCAGGCUUCCCUCGGGUACAGGGUGUACUGGACUGUGCACACGUGGCUCUGCGUGCUCCCUAUGAUGACCCAGGUGUCUACGUUAACAGGAAAGGCUUCCAUUCUGUCAAGGUGCAGCUAGUGUGUGACCACCAGCAGCAUGUGAUGCAGGUCUGUUCCAGAUUCCCUGGUAGCUCUCGCCAUUCCUUCAUCCUGGAACAUUCCUCAGUGCCACCCCUCUUCCAGCCUGAGCAGCAGGUAUUGGGCUGGCUGCUGGGGAGCUCUAGUUACCCUCUGACCAGCUGGAUAAUGACCCCCAUCAGGAAGGCCCAAACCCCAUGUGAGCAUCGUUACAAUCAGAGCCAUGCUUCCACCCUGGCUACAGUGAGACAGACCAUCGCACUCCUAAAGCACAGAUUCCGCUGUCUGUCCAAAUCAGGAGGCUCUCUGCAGUACAGUCCUGAGAGAGUCUCCAAGUUCAUUGUUGUCUGCUGUAUGCUCCAUAACUUUGCCUUGCUAAGGGGACAGGUGUUGGCACCAUCAGGGGAGGUGGAUAUGUGGGAGGAGGAGCAGGAAGAUGAAGACUCAUCAGAUUUCACUGCUGCCAUUGCCCUUCGUCAGAAAGUCAUAGAGGAGGCCUUCAGCUGAAUACUGUCUUCCAUUCGGAGUGAACAUCUGAUGAGAACUCGUUUGUUAAAUGGUCUCAGGGCAACAAGCCUCAACCCCUCCUCGUACAUGAUUGACUCGGGACUGCUGGGUCAUCAGACUUUGGACUUCCAAUGUUAUCUGUCCAACACUCAGGACCAGUUCCAGCAAUUCCCGCCAUUCGAAGGAGAUUCAAGAAGGAACAGAGCAGCAAUAGUUUGGCUGCAAGUUGUUUAAUGAUUUUGGAAUUGACAUCUGCUUACGUGAUCUGACGAUGGUGGGAUCAAUAACUUCCUCAGGUUCUAGGUGUGGGAGUAAUAUCUGGAGCAGGGAAAUGUCUACUUUAUAUAACAAACACUCUGGACCAUUUUGUAGAAGAUUGGUUUUAUAACUAAGCAAAAACAAAGUUUCCUAAUUUGAAAUAAAAAUGUGUCAUGUAAUUGUUUGAUAAACUGUCCUUCAUGUGUUC